AUGCAAAUUCGGGAAAAUUUAUACAAUUGGCUUUGCUCAUUAAAGGUGCUGCCUUAGGAUGGAAAGAAAUAUGCAGACAAGGUGGAAAUUAGCAAGGCAUCCUUAUCUCAAUUGGAAAAUGGCAUUGCUUUUGGAUAAUUGCUCAAGGAAAUUGUGAAGUUACGAAACAGACCUUCGACUCCCUUGGCAAAGUUGGACACACUCAAAGAUAAUUAGUAGAAGUCCUCAAUCUUAUACAAUUGGAAGAUUCUAUGCGAGGAAUAUUAGAAGGUCGAUAUCCAGAUUGAUUAAGACACCAAGGCCUUGAUUCUAGGAGGGGAUAAGGAAAUGAUACAUCAAUUACUUUUGGAAAUUUAUGAUAAAUAUUAUCGAGGUCAGUAACAAACAUAAGUCUUAUAGCAAUCUCAAAUGUUAGAUGACUCAUUAUUAAGUUUAGGUGGAAACACCAAACUUUUAGCUAACAGUAAAAUCUCCCAAGCUAAUUAAUAAGUUGAUUUAUCAAAAUUAGAUCCGAAGAAAGAUCUUAAUAAAACAUCAAAUUGCUUAGAAUUCUUUAUAGUUGCUUUGGCUAAGAACUUGUAACUGUCAAUUAAAUAGUCUGCCUCUCUCUUUACUAAUAACAACAAAUACCUUGCUCACAUAUUGGCCAAGGGAGUGAAGGGAGUAUUCGAGCCAAUAGUUGCCUUUUAUAAAGAAACCUAUGCGAAUGGAAAUUAAUUAAUAAAGUUAUUUAAUGAGGAUUCCACUAAGAAAUCACUUACAUUUGCCUUGCAAGCUCUUAAACCUGGAUUAAUAUCCAAAUCUUUUGAUGUAGCCUAUGAAUCAGUUCGAUUAUUCACUAGAUUAGGUUCUAUGAUACCAGUAUAAUUAUUAAGGGAAUGGUUCCUUGAGGAGUAAGGAGGGUUACACACAGCAUUAAUGGGCACUCGGAGACAUCCAGAAUUGGUGUCAUUUCACGUCGAGAUGAUAUAAUAGUUUGCAAGAAACAAUUUUGUGGAAGUAUUUACAACUGGGAUCAGAACUGUAUUGCCUGAAACAAAGGAUUUCAUAAAUUCAAUUGAAUUAAUCUACAUUCCUUUAAGUCAUAAUCAAGAGUUGGUGUCAACUGGCAUUUUGAAUGAUUGGGUGACUUCAGCUAUAGGAAUUGCUGAAAAUGAAUUUAAAAAUACAAUUGAUACCAGAAUAUCUUCCCUUAAUUUUUUAAGUGAAGUACUUGGCAAUACAGAGUUAGAUGAAUCAUUGACGAAUACGAUCAUUGCACUACUCAAAAAGGGAUCUAGAGAUAAGUCAUAAUCACUUUCCUUAAUGUGUCUAAAUCAUUUGUUUAAGUUGCUCAAUCAUUUCAGUCUUUAAAAGAGCAACUUUGCCCCACUCAUAUACAAGAAUUUAACAUUGUCUUUGGUGGAGAAUCAUGAUAACCAACAAAUCAGAGAGUAUAUUUUGAAUAAUUUCAUUCACAUCUUCUCCACCAUGGAAGCAGUACCGAUUAACUUGGUUCUUGAGAAUUUAAUCAAGUAGAUGUAAACAUCAGAGGGAGUCACUUACAUUUUGAAUACAUUUGAUAUGCAUUUCUUUAUGUUCGUAUCCAAUCUGAAUAUAGGAAUUAAGAAUGCUAUUUAAUUGCUGGACUUCUUGGCAAAAAUAUUUUUAAACAAUCUGGUCUAUUAGAGUAUAUCAUCUGAAAUCAUUAUCAACAUCUUGUCGAAGAAUGUAGAGAAUUAGACAAUGUAAGAAUUUAUCUUAAAGUUCGUCAAAAUUGCAUUAGCUAUGUUUUUUGCAUCUGAAAAAAAGAAAUAAACUAAGGAUCCCAUCAGUGCACAGAAGCGUAAUUAAAUUGUUGAGAUUGUCAGAACGAUAAUUCAAUUUUAAUAACAACUUUUGAAUGAGAAAAUUAAACCAUUGAUUGCACAUACAAAUAUACAAAUAAAGUAAUUCAGUAAAAGAAAUUCUAAAGGAAUGAUGGCAAUACUAGAACUAUUCGGAAAUGCUGAAAGAAUAUUGGAAUAAUAUGAGAUUGAAUAUCGAGAAUAGUAAGCAAGUAAAUUGUAAGGACCUCCUGAAGACGAUGAUUAAUUGGUUCCAUUCAAUUCUCGAUCUAUAGGAUCUAUUAAAUUAUCAAAGGAGGAACAGUAUUCUCUUGCUUCCUUAAAAACUACUAAAGCAGAUCCAAAGGUUCUAGAGAAAUUAGAAACCCUCAAGAAAUAAUUUGAUGAUAGAGCCACAAAUGAGGCAUAAAAAAUAGAAUAAAUGAAGGAGGCCUAACAGAAACAAAAGGCCAAUCUUAGAAAAUAAUUAGAAAAAAGAUCAGUUGAAUAAGGUGUGUCAAUUGUGAAGGACAGGGAAACUAAUUUAGUAUUUAAGGAUGGAUCAAAAAGUGCAGCCUAGCCAAAUAAACAUGGGUUGACAGAAUACGAAGUGUGGGAUUUACAAUUAGAAGAAGAUAGAGAGCGUUAUUUAGUGGAACAACUCUUUAGAAAGUAUCAUAAGAUAUUUAAAUAUGUUUUCUUUAAAUAUGCUAAUUCAGGAAAUAAAAUUAUAAAGCCAAAAGAUUUUGAUGAAUUGAAAGAUCAAUCUGAUACUAUAAAUGAAGCUGAAUUGUGGGCAUUCCUUAAGGAUUAUGAAUUAGUAUUCAAUGUUUCUAGAGAACAAGUACAUGCUUUGAUGAGGUCGAUUGCAAUCUAGCUAUUGAAAUGCAAAAAUGAAUUAACAAAUUUCAAUUAUGAAGGAUUCAAACACAUUGUUACAUAAUAUGCCUGCAUUCUAUUUACUAAGAGAACCAAAUACAUUUAACCUCAUACUUGCAUUGAAAUGAUGAUCUAAAGGAUGAAAUAAGUAACAGCAGCAAAAGGAUAGACCACCUAAUUAUAUGAAGAUCCAGAUAAUAUGUUUUUUGAUUAAAAGGAUGUUAUUAAAGAAUUCAAUAAAAAAUUAGCAGAGGAUCCCAAAUAUGUUUUACCUGAGGGUUACAAAACAUAGAAGGAAGAGAUUAUCAAAUUUAAUUAUGCAUUUGAAUUUGAAGAUUCAAACACAAUUGCUUAUUCCAUUUUGGAUGAUAUUGUUUUCAAAGUUUGCAAUUGUCAUAUAAUUGAACCUAUAACCUCUAAAGAAUUCUAACUUGUAUGCAGACCCAAUAUGUUGGGGUAUGUGGAAUCCAAAGUUAAAUAAAAUUAUGAGAAAGAUCAUUAUAUGGAAUAAAAAAAUAAAACUACGAUGAAAUAAACUUAAGUUGCAUAAUCAUUACCAAAUCUGCCAACUCAACCAAAGAGAAAUUUAGAAAUAGAACCUUUUAGACAAUAUGGUUUGGGAAUCAAAUUGGAAUUGGCUAAGAUACCAUUUAAUUAACCCAAAUAACGAUUAUUAGUUGAACAGGUAGCUGAUGUUUUGGAAGACAUGAUAUUUGCUGUUGAAAACAAUUAAAAAACUAUUACAAGAAAAUGGAAUAUUCUUAAUAAGGUGUAGUAGGAUAAAUUGGAUGAGAAAAAGAAGGAGGAUGAGGAAGCUAAAUUGAGAGAUGAAAAAAUACAAAAAAAUCAUGAAUAAGCUAAAGCCAAAUUGGAGAAAUUGAAGAAGGACAGAUAAUAAAAAUAAAAGGAAGAGGAAGCCAAAGCUGCUAAGAAGGAUCCGAAGAAAAUUCGUUAAGAAGAAAAGCAAAAGGAAUAAGAAGCAUAUUUGAAAUAGUAAAAAGAUAAAAUUGCUUAAAAAUAAAAAGAAGAAGAGUAAGAGAGAAUCAAAAGAGAAUUAUUAGAGAAGAAAUAGAGAGCAGAAGAGAUCUAGAAAAAGAAGGAAGAUUUCAAAUUAUUUAAUCAAAAGAAGAUUGAAUAAUAUGGAGAAAUCUUUAAGGCUGAACAAAUUAAAAUAUAAAUGGCUGCUGAAGAAAGAAAAAAAAUGGAAAUUGAUCAUUAGAAAAUGCAUGAGGCUCUUUAUAAAAAUAUUGAAAAGAAAGGUGAACAAAUUAAAGUCAAAGAAAAGGGAACAAGUGAAUUGAUUGUCAAAUUAUUUAGACAUCAAACUUAUUAAACCAUUUUCACUAAUAAUAACUUUAGAUUAAGUUAUUUAUACGAAUUAUUGCAAUUGGAAUAUUAUAAAUCUAUUGAAAUGAUUGAUUUUAAAUAGAUCCCAUUAAAGUUAUGGAUGUGGUUUGGAGAUAGAUUCAGAAUCUAUCCAGACAUCAUAUCUCAGAUUGAAUUCAUUAGGGUCUUUAAUGCAAUCACAUACAGAUCUAAUGAGAUACCAGCGUCCUUAGAUUAUGUUGAAUUUCUAGAAGCACUCUUUCGAAUUAGUAUAAAAGGAUAUGAAUUUUUCAAUAAACUAGCAAAAAGCAUCAAAGAACCCAAACCUUAAAAAUAAGAUAAUUAGGAGUUGCCUUAAGAUUAAUCUCCAAUCAAAAGAACCUAAUAGACCCAAGAGUUUAUGCUCAAAAGAAUAAAGGAGGUAUAGUCAGAAUAGGAGAAACGAUUAGAAGCAGCAAAAAAGGAAUUAGAAGAAAAAAAGAAGAUGGAUAAGGAAGCACUGAUUUUAGAUAAUUAUUAAGCAUUAAAUGAUAUUAUGGGAACAGACAAUAUUUCAGGAUAAAAUUAUAAUGAUUAAACCUUGGAUGCACUUAUUACUUAUUUGGCAUUACCAAAUGACAAAACUGGUAUUGAGUUGAGAUUCAGAUAUUUGAUGGAAGUGGAAGCUAAGAAGAAACCUAAUAAAGUGAGAAAACAGGAGGCAUCUAAAAGAUUAGAGGAAGAUGUCAAUCAAUGGAAAGAGAUUAAAACAGUGGAGUAAAAUAGACAGCCUAUUUUAUCAAAGAAAUCAAAUUUUAAGUAAAGUCAGUAAAAGCCUAAAGAAUAAUAAGAACCAAUACUACCUUAGAAUAACGAGGAAAAUUAAGAUUAAGAAUAAGAAUAAGAAUAGUAGGAUAAUUGA